AUGGCAGAUCUCAAGAACCGUUAUGAUCCUUUGAUCGGUACCGUGGGCCCAAAACCUGGUUCCGCCAUCGCAGGCGGUAACUCCUUCCCCGGCGCAAGUUUACCAUGGGCGAUGGCAAAGCCAGGCAUUGACACGAGCUACAUUGGGCUUCCGAAUGGCAGUGCAGUGGACGCCAAUGCUGGAUAUACGCCUUUGGGGAAUGUAACAGCAGUGAGCAUGACGCACGUCAGCGGAUCUGGCGGAGCUCCAACUUACGGAUUGAUCUCGCAGAUGCCGCUGUAUGGCAAUCUCGAGUCUAUUAACCUUGCCGACAACAUGACCUAUGCCCAGAACCGCAGUCUGGAAUUGGAGUCCGCAACAGUGGGCCUCUUCACAACGACUCUACAGAACGGCAUCAAGAUCGAGAUCACUUCUGGUAAUCAUACCGGAUUCAUGCGAUACACGUUCCCUCAACCAGAAGUCCCUUCGAACAACCUUUCCACUUUCAACGUUGAUUCCACGAUGGCAGGCGCCUUGUCAGCCAACGAGCACGAUGCGCAUGUCCUAGUCGACCUCACACACGUGUUGCCAGCCUAUUCUUCGAUGGCAUACUCUCAAAAGUUCCUACACGGGCAGCUACGUGUCGGGUCUUCCUCGAACGGAUUGCCAUCAUACCAUGGAUCAGCGACCUACACGGGUGGCUGGCCGCAGCCUGAAAGUCAUACGAUCCAUUUCUGCGGGAACUUUAGUGUGCCUGCAGGAUCUGUGCUCACCCCAACAUCCGACUAUGUUCAGGGAGAACUUCCCAGUACUCCCGGCGCUGGCACGUUUAGCUGGCAGUAUAAUCCUUAUUCGCCACCAAGCUUCAAGUCUCGCCCUGUGCCGCGCGGGUAUGCUGACGUCCGGUCCUAUGCUGGGAGCGGAAUGGGCCUUGGCGCUCUUUUCAGCUGGUCGCCUAAGGAGCAGCAAGUCAACGGCACCCUUACUCUUGAGGCCAAAUUGGGCAUUUCGUACAUUAGUGCUGCACAGGCAUGCUCUCACGUGGAAAAUGAGCUUCCUGAUGCGAAAUCCUUCGAGGAUGUCGUUGACGAAGGAAGGCAAGCAUGGGAAGAGAAAAUCCUGAGCAAGAUACAGAUUGGAGACGAUGGCCAUUCGACAAGCAACAACAAAACCUUGAAGAGGAUGCUUUACUCUGGGCUGUAUCAAACAGGUCUGAUGCCAACUGACAAAACCGGCGAAUGCCCUAAUUGGGAGUCCAACGAAGCUAAGCCAUACUACGAUGACCAUUAUACGCUCUGGGACACUUAUCGUACCCUGCUACCCUUGUAUCACCUGGUCUUCACGAAGCCGUACUCACGCAUCCUUUCUGGCCUCAUUUCUAUCUUCACCGAAGAGGGGUACCUGCCAGCCGGUCGCGCAGCAAACUGGAAUGGUCGUGUUCAGGGCGGCACACACGCAGACAUGGUCCUAGCGGACGGUUUCAUCAAGAGUGUCCAUGCACUAUCCGGCGAGACAGGUCGCGGUGAGCUCGACAGUGGCAUUGAUUGGCAAGAGGCCUACAAAGCAGUGAUGAAGGACGCGAACGUAUUGCCCGAGCGCAAUGUUGAUCCGGUCGCCUUCGACGGCGCCACCAAGGAAGGCAGAGGUGCACUGGACGAUUAUCUCUCCCUCCGCUUCAUCACGCGCAACCACACCCGCAGUGUUUCUCGUGGCGUUGAGUACCCGCAGAACGACUUCGCGAUCUACAGCAUGGCAGCUGGACUAAUGAAGUCCCAGGAAGACAUCGAUCAGAUGCGCGAACGAGCAAGCUGGUGGCAGAACCAAUGGAAUCCCAUGGCAAACACAACUCUCAACGGCACGGGUACAUUCACUGGCUUCCCAGGCCCUAGAAACGCGGAUGGGACGUGGAACACCACGGCGUAUGACCCGCUGAGCUGCGGAACAUGCGGUUGGGAUGCAGACAUCUACGAAGCCAAGGUUUGGGAGACUGCAUUCAGUGUCGCACCACACGACAUGGCCAAAGUCAUAGAUCUGAUGGGCGGUGACGAGCCUUUCGUCCGUCGGCUAGACGCCUCUUUCAUUCCAGGCUUCGGUACAUCAGUCGGCGCAAACAACGAUGCCGGCUCUGCUCUCUUCAACCCAGGGAACGAACCAUCCUUUGCAACGCCAUUCCUCUACAACUACGUACCUGGCAUGAACUGGAUGACAGUUAAUCGGACUCGAGCUAUCGUCGACGACUUCUACAGCGAUGACCGUAACGGAUACCCCGGAAACAUCGACGGCGGUGCUCUACCCAGUUGGCUGGUAUUCAACCUCAUGGGCAUGUAUCCGGUGUCUGCCCAGCCGCUUUACCUUCUUUCUGCUCCCCGAUUUUCUUGGCUCAAGGUUUCGCUUUUUAGUGGAACGGCAGUCGAGACGUCGUUGACUAUUCGGGCCCAGAACCUGUCAAGCACAAGCUAUUACCCGCAAAAGGUUACCUGGAACGGUCAGGAACUCGAUCGAGCUUGGUUGAAGCAUAGCGAGGUUGCGGAAGGAGGCGAGUUGGUGUUUCAUAUGGGUGAAGAGCCUAAGAAGUGGGAUGUUGGUGAGCGGCCGUGGUCACUGUCAACAUCGUCGCUGUAG